GCGCCUCUGCUGGUUACAGUAAGACAUGACACUGAGGGAGGAGCCCAUCAUCAGAUCGAGUGUGAGCAACUGCUAUAACAUCAGACUGAAUCAAACAUCCCCAAACUACAGCAAAUCAUGUCUUACCAGGGAAAAAAGAAUAUCCCCAAGAUUACUAGCGAGAGGCUUCUGAUAAAAGGUGGUCGAAUUGUAAAUGAUGACCAGUCUUUCUAUGCAGACAUCUAUAUGGAGGAUGGAGUCAUCAAGCAAAUUGGAGAUAACCUGAUAGUACCAGGUGGGGUGAAGACCAUUGAAGCGGAUGGGAAAAUGGUGAUUCCUGGAGGAAUUGACAUCCAUACUCACUUCCAGAUGCCAUACAGGGGCACGACCACUGCGGAUGAUUUUACCCAGGGCACCAAAGCGGCUCUUGCUGGAGGGACCACCAUGAUUGUGGAUCACGUGAUCCCGGAGCCUGGCAGCAGUUUGGUGGCAGCGUUCGAGCGCUGGACUGAAUGGGCCGAUGAGAAAGUGUGCUGUGAUUAUUCACUACAUGUGGAUGUCACACACUGGAAUGACAGCGUUAAACUGGAGCUAGAGAACCUUAUUAAUGAGAAAGGUGUGAACUCUUUCCAGGUCUACAUGGCUUACAAAGACCUCUAUCAGAUGAGUAACAGUGAGCUUUAUGAGAUCUUCACCUUCCUUGGGGAGCAUGGAGGAAUCGCACAGGUACACGCGGAAAAUGGAGAAAUAAUUGCAGAGGAGCAAGCUCGUAUGUUGGAGAUCGGUAUCACAGGACCUGAGGGUCAUGUUCUCAGCCGUCCAGAAGAGCUGGAAGCUGAGGCUGUGUUCAGAGCUGUCACGAUCGCCAGUCAAACCAACUGUCCACUCUACAUCACGCGUGUCAUGAGUAAAAGCGCUGCUGACAUCAUCUCACAGGCCCGUAAAAAAGGUAAUGUGGUUUUUGGGGAACCAAUCACGGCCAGUUUGGGAACAGAUGGGACUCACUAUUGGAGCAAGAACUGGGCUAAGGCCGCCUCUUUUGUGACAUCACCACCCCUCAGUCCAGACCCUACCACUCCAGACUACCUGAGCACCCUGUUGGCCAGUGGAGAUCUGUCAGUCACCGGCAGUGCUCACUGCACGUUCAGCGUGGCUCAGAAGGCCAUCGGGAAAGACGACUUCACUCAGAUUCCUGAAGGAGUGAAUGGAGUGGAGGAAAGGAUGUCAGUCAUCUGGGAUAAGGCUGUGGUGACUGGUAAAAUGGAUGAAAACAUGUUUGUAGCUGUCACUAGCACCAAUGCCGCAAAGCUCCUGAACCUGUAUCCACGCAAGGGCCGGAUAGCUGUGGGAUCGGAUAGUGAUCUGGUCAUCUGGGACACGGACGCCGUCCGCACUGUCACUGCAAAAACACAUCACUCUGCAGCGGAGUAUAAUGUGUUUGAGGGGAUGGAGCUGAGAGGUGCGCCCCUGCUGGUCAUCUGUCAGGGGAAAAUCGUUCUGGAGGACGGGAAGCUGAACGCCACCGCCGGUAUGGGCCGCUUCAUUCCCUGCUCACCGUUCCCUGACUACGCUUAUAAACGCGUCAAAGCCAGAAAGCAGCUGGCUAUACUGAAGGCUGUACCCAGGGGCAUGUAUGACGGCCCCGUGUCUGAAUUUACAGCCUUGUCGAGGGGCGGCACCCCGUCUGCCUCCACACGCACCUCACCAACCAAAGUCCCUGUGAGAAACCUGCAUCAGUCUGGAUUUACAUUAGCAGGUCCUGAGGAAGCUCCCAUCAGACCGGCCGGAAGACGAAUCGUUGUGCCACCUGGUGGUCGCUCCAACAUCACCUCCCUCAGUUAAAUAUACAGAGAGACCUACAGGCUAUGGGGAGGAAGGAUAGGAAACUCAUGCCUUACCUUUCAUAAAUAACUCCUGCUGUAUGAUUGAACCUCUGAAGAAAGCAAAAGUCCAAUGAAACAUAAGGGCAUUUAGUCUAGCUGUAUAUUUGGUUUUAUGUGUUUAGAAAGAUUAGGAUUACAAAA